AUUACUUCCGGCGUAAAGGUCAUAGUUACGACAGGUCAAUGUGUCCUUCGGCACGUGUGCUGUACUAGUAUCCGCCUCCAGUGUUAGCACAGCGAGCCGGUGAUUUCGGCACUGUAAAAAAUAAUCUCCUCUGUCGUUAAACGUUUUUUUUUCUAUUAUUAUUCUCCAUUGUCAUGCUUAAGUCAGUCGUCCGUGCGGCGGCGGCCGCUUUUCGCCCUCCAACCGCCACUACAUCCACAGCACGGGCUCUUCCGCUCAGAUGCCCGACACUGUGCUCACCGAGCUCGGCCACUGCCAGACCCUUCACCCGGUCCCUCUGGAUGAUGAAUGGCAGCGGAGCGUCGGGGUACAGACCGAAAUUGUUCACUUCCAAAGUGUUGAAUCCUUCGGCGUCGUGUGGAUGCGGUGGGCUGCAUACGGAAGGUGACAAAGCAUUUGGGCAAUUUCUUUUUGAUGAAAUCAAAGAGGAGAAAAAGCUCAAGAAAAGUGAAACCUUACCGAAGAUGUCAGGAGGUUGGCAACUGACUUUGGAGGGCACUGAGGCGCAACUAAUUAAGCACGCUGCUGCAGAAAAAAUCACCGUCACCUUCAAUGUCAACAACAGCAUCCUUCCCAACUUUGCAGAAGAGGAACACCAAGGACAGCAGAAGUCAGAAGAGGAGGUGGAAAUUUUGUCAACACCCAACUUUGUCGUUGAAGUAACAAAACAGGCUGCGAAACACAGCCUGGUGAUCGACUGCCAGUUCCUGCAAGAUGAGGUGGGACAUGAAGGAGAGGAGAGCGACAUCUUUGGUAUAUGCGAGGUCAGCUUCCAGCCAGAGGGUGAAGAAGAUUGGAAAGAGACCAGUUACACAUUAACAAAAGACUCUCUGAAUGAUGACCUUUAUGACCAUAUGAUGGACUUUCUGGCCGACCGGGGAGUCGACAACACCUUUGCUGACGAACUGAUAGAGCUGAGCACCGCCAUCGAGCAUCAAGAGUACAUCAAAUUCCUGGAAGAUCUCAAAACCUUUGUUAAAUGUGACUAAUGUAUUUACAGAAGAGACAGGCGUCCGUCAUAGCCCCCCUCUUGAGGAAGACUUAGGAGCAGGUGAACCACGUCGGCAGUCGUUGCGUUAUUUAGAUUACACAUGCUGGCAAUGUUUAAAUGGGUCUACUUUUGUGGUUCACAUCAAUGCUAGCGCUUUUGGCUCUCUUCUAGUUUUGGCAGUGUUCGACUCUCAAACCGAUGACCACAUUAUUACUUCCAAAUAAUAAGUUAUUUUGUCAACGAGGCAUACAGAGCACCACGCCACAGCUUGAUCAGAGAAACAAAUGUGCAAUAAAAUGCUU